AUGGAUGCCGAAGAGUUCAAACGCAAGGCUACCACUUUGAAGAGGAAAUUAGUAGAGAGUUUCAAGGAAGUUCAAGUAAUAAAUGAAAAGGGCAGAGCAGCACUCAACAAUAAGGAUCAACAUAAUUCCUUCAAGGGCAUGUUUAAGGUUCUUGAGAAAUAUUACUCAAGAUUUGAAAAUAUUUGGGAUGAGCUCACAGACCUGUAUGAAACUGAGAAGUCUACUGGGAAACAAACCUUUCCUCAAGAAGAUGACCUAACAAUGCAAACUAAAGCUAAACGUUACUACUAUGAAGCACACACUUCACAUGAAACUAUUCUCUCAGAGGUUAGCACUACUUCAUCAAGGCAGAGUAUGGGACUUAAUGAAUCUUUGUCACCAGAAGCCAGAAGCAACAAACAUUUGCCUCGCAUCAAUCUUCCACAUUUCAAUGGCCAGAUUACGAAUUGGUCCAAGUUUCGAGAUGCCUUCACUUCCAUUAUCCAUAAUGAUGCCUUAUCAUCAAAAAUGGAGAAAUUUCACUAUCUCGUCUCUUCUUUAGGGGGAACUGCCUCUGCAGUGAUAAGACAUCUUCCUUUGGUUGACGACAACUAUGAUAUUGCUUGGAAGGCUUUAAAUGAAACUUUCAAUAACAAGCGUAUGCUUGCUUCAAAUUACCUCAAUCAAUUGAUGGCAUUCAAACCACAACAGGGGAAAACAACUGUAGAUUCACUACAGUCAUUUCUUUCUCAAAUUUCAGAUAAUAUUGCUGCAUUUAAACUUUUGAAAAUACCUGACGAAGGUGACUUCAUUCUGUUUCAUAUAGCAGUUAGGCUGUUGGAUCAUACAACUCGAGAGCAAUUUGAGUUGCAGCAUAAAGGAAAAGAUUUUCCAGUUUUCAAUGAUUUGACUAAAUUUCUCCGUGAACGCUCUCUAGCUCUUCAGUUGGCUGGAGGAAACACACAACAAUUGGAGAUAAGGCCAUCCACUUCUGGGAAGAAUAGUGGGAGCUUCAAACCAUCAAAUAGUCGUAACUUGAAGACUUCACUCAUAUCCAGCUCUUUGCCUAAAUCCUCGGCUAACUCCGACAGCAAUGAUGUAUGCUUCAUAUGCCAAAGGGGGUCUCAUGCUCUAUUCAAAUGCAAUAAAUUUGCUGAUGCAUCAGUCGAUGAUAGACAUAAAAUGUUGAAGGCUUGGCGUGGAUGUAGAAACUGCCUGUCAUACUUUCACUCAACUAAUAGAUGCAAUUCUAGAUGGUCUUGCAAGGUCUGCAAGAAGAGGCAUAAUUCACUUUUGCAUCUACCCGUUCCUGAUAGCAACACAUCCUCAUUGGAACAUGAAGAUACAACCGCAAUCAAGGCUAAUGUUGUGAAUCCACCAGAUUCUUCAUUAACAGCAACCCUGCCUGAACAAAGUCAAGUCUUGUUGGGUACAGUUAUUGCUGAAAUUCAGGAUGUUCAUGGCAACUUCACUCAAGUGAGACUUGUAGUGGACUCAGGUAGUCAGCACUCAUUCAUCACAAAGAAAUGUGCAAAUAAACUUGGCUUGAUGAUUAAAUCAUUCCCUCACAAAAUCAGUGCUAUUGGUCAGACAGUUUUUAAUGGCACUAAAGGCAAAGUACGCUGUCACCUUAAACCACGCAACUUGCAGUCACCUAUUGUUGAAACUGAAGCAAUAGUUGUAAAUAACAUUACAUCUCACUUACCUAAUUUUGUCAUGCCCUCCAAUAUUUGGAAAAAUUACGCUACCUUUGACUUAGCUGACCCUAAGUUUUGGCAACCAGGUCCUGUAGAUUUUCUGCUGGGAUCAGAUUUGUUCUCAGAUAUUUGGGAUGGAUCCACCGUGACAGUACAAGACAACCAGCCAAAGCUCUUUUCCUCUAUAUUUGGUUAUAUAGUCAUAGGACGAGUUUCUGGAACUUGUUUAUUAUCCGUUGAUGGUAACAACUCCUUAUUCACUGUUAACAACGAAGCUCAUGACUUGAGACAACAGAUCCAACGCUUUUGGGAGCUUGAAGAGCCCCAUACUGACAUUAGUUUCACAAACCCUGAAGACGAAGCAUGUGAAGCUCACUUCAAGAACACCCACUUCAGGAUGGACGAUGGUCAAUACGUUGUACGCCUACCUUUCAAGACGCCUAGUCCACAAUUAGGAAAUUUUGAAGGAACAUCACUGAAGAGAUUCUACAAUCUUGAAGGAAAACUUAUUAAAGACAAGAAUUUGAUGUCAGAGUAUUAUGAUUUCAUGAAAGACUAUCAAGAUCUGGGUCACAUGAAUGUCACAACUUCCCCUUCAAAGUAUGUCAUUCCUCACCACUGUGUGGUAAAAGAGGAUAGAGGCAAAACAAAAUUACGUGUUGUCUUUGACGCUUCUGCUCAGUCAUCGCCCUUUCCUUCUUUGAACAGCCAACUCAUGAUGGGUGCAAAGCUGCAACAAGACAUUAGGGACAUUCUUCUGAGAUUUCGUUUGCACCCAGUUGUCUUCGUGGCUGAUAUUGUCAAAAUGUAUCGGCAAAUUUUGGUUGACCCGCAUGACAGGUCCUACCAACACAUUUAUUGGAGAUUUAAUCCAGCAGACCCAAUAAAAAAGUAUGAAUUGUGCACUGUCACGUAUGGAUUGACUUCUGCACCCUUUCUAGCACUUAGAGUUAUGAAGCAACUCGCUUUAGACGAAGGCGAGAACCAUCCAAGAGCUGCUCAAGCUAUAUCGCAGGAUAUGUAUGUGGAUGAUAUAGUGACUGGCACAUCUUCACUGAAUGAAGCUUUGAAGCUUCAACAAGAAACCAUCCAGUUAUUAGAAAAAGGACAUUUUUCGCUAAGUAAAUGGGCAAGCAACCAAGAAGAGCUUUUGAAAGUGGCCAAUUCAGGACAACAAGCAGACUCAGUCAACUUCUCUUCAAACGAAGACUCUAGUGUGAAGAUACUAGGACUUCAUUGGGAUCCAACAAAUGAUGUCUUCGUUUUUAAGCUUCAGGACUUCUCUCCAGCAUCUACCAAGCGAUCUAUCCUAUCUACUGUUGCUAAGAUAUAUGACCCUCUAGGAUUCCUGGCACCAGUCACAUUUUUAGCCAAAGGGAUCAUGCAGGAGUUAUGGAAGCUUGGCUUGAAUUGGGAUGAAGAAAUACCCUUUCAUCUUAAAUCAGUUUGGGAAGAGUUCAUAAAACAGCUUAGGAAAUUGUCAGACCUCACCAUACCAAGACUUAGCUCACAUCGUUGUCAUGUUGGCGACAUGUACGUACAAGUGAAAAUCCAAGUGAUUGUGGAUGAAGAGGAUUGUCUGUGGACAAACUCAAGAACAACAGUUUAUGGUGGCAUGGUCCCCAAUGGCUAUGUGAACAUGCAGAAGAAUGGCCGAAAUCAAAUGUGGACCUGA